AUGACAAUAGCACACUCAGGACAGCUUCAUGAAAGAGCUUCAGGAUGACUUUUAUAACUUACUUUGUGUCUAAGGUGGACGUGUUACUGUGCCUGUCAGCCUGCAUUGCAUUCCUCAUCUAUUGGCUCAAUGGAUCUAAGAAGAGCACAAGAAAUAUGCCUCCUGGACCUACCCCUCUCCCCCUCAUUGGGAAUCUCCAUUUGCUGGACCGGAAUAAACCCUACAAGUCACUGAUGGAGCUUUCUGAGAAAUAUGGAGACGUCUUUACUGUACAGUUUGGACCCAAGAAGGUGGUGAUAAUUGCUGGGUAUAAAGCUGUGAAGGAGGCUCUCGUUACCCAAGCUGAUGAUUUUGGACAAAGGGUGGAUCUACCAGUCUUCAAAUUAAUCUCAAACGAUAAGGGAAUAGUAUUUAGCAAUGGAGAAUCAUGGAAAUCUACAAGGAGGUUCACACUGUCAACACUUCGAGAAUUUGGAAUGGGGAAGAAAUCAAUUGAAGAGAGAAUUAAAGAUGAAUUAAAUGCUUUUAUAGAAAACAUCAAAUCUCACAAUGACAAACCAUUUGAUGCAACCAUUAUAUUGAACAGCGCAGUGUCCAACAUAAUCUGCUCUAUUAUUUUUGGGAAAAGAUUUGAGUAUGGUGACAGAACAUUUAUAAAGCUAAUUGAACUGACAGCUGAAAACGCCCAUCUGAUUGGUGCACCCAAAUUAAUGCUGUAUAAUUACUUCCCCCUCAUUGGCUCUCUUCUUGGUGUACAUAAGAAACUUCAGAAGAACACAGAAGAUCUAAUUAAUUUUGCUCUAGAAUUUAUACAAAUGCGAAGACGCGAGUUUGAUGAAAAUGACAUCGCCGGAUAUAUUGAUGCUUAUCUUAAGAAGCAAAAACAGGAACUAACAAAUGCUGUAACAUAUUUUGAUGAUGAAAACUUGGUCUUCACAAUUUUAGAUCUCUUUGCAGCUGGAAGUGAAACUACAGCUACAACACUUCACUGGGCCCUUUUAUUGAUGGCAAAGUAUCCAGAAAUUCAAAAAAGGGUGCAGGAGGAAAUCAGGACACAUAUUAAACCAGGACAGAUGCCUACGGUCGAUGAUAGAAGGAGUAUGCCUUAUACUGAUGCAGUGAUACAUGAAGUACAGAGGUUCGCUAAUAUUGUUCCCCUGAAUUUGCCUCACACAACUGCAAAUGAUGUGUAUUUCCGAGGUUACUGUAUCCCUAAGGGAACAGAGGUCAUUCCGUUCCUGACUUCAGUUUUGUAUGACAAGUCUCAAUGGAAAACUCCAUAUGCUUUUAACCCAAAUCACUUUCUGGAUGCAUCUGGGAAAUUUGUUCGACAGGAGGCAUUUAUGCCUUUCUCUGCAGGAAGAAGAGCUUGUGUUGGAGAAAGCUUGGCCAAGAUGGAACUUUUCCUAUUCUUUACCGGACUUCUUCAAGCAUUUACUUUCCACCCACCAGCUGGAGUCUCCAGGGAAGAUCUAAGUCUGGAUCCUGUCCUUGGACUCUUAUUAACCCCUACGCCACAUCUGAUAUGUGCAAGGCACAACAGCUAGUGUACUAACAUCACAACUACCCAGUAACAAGAUAGAUGUUUUUGUUGAUUUAUUUUGGGUGAUUACAAAUGUCAAUAUUACUUUUCCUGUGUUAUUCACACAUUCUAGAAUCAAGCAGCAAUGGCCGGGGAAUGAGUAGUCUCAUGGCACUGACAUGAGGAUAGAUGCUCGCUGUACAAACAGAACAGAACUAAGAAGUGCUCUAGAACAGAAGUCUAUAAUACAUAGCACAGUUCCAUUGGUCAGCGCUGUCUUUCACUCUUAUUUCCCCCACUGUAAAUACAAACAGUAACUGGUGGAGAACCCAACGUAAGCACUUCUUGAAUUCCAACGUAUACAUCCACUGGCUCAAUUUACUUUUCUGGUGCUCUCUUAUAAGUGCCUUUAUCAGUUCAGAGACUCUACUACCAUUCCACACCACAUAUGCCCGAUCUCGUCUGAUCUUGGAAGCCAAGCGGUUUGAGCUUGGUUAGUACCUGGAAGGGCGACCUCCAAGGAAUACCGAGUGUUGUAGGGGUCUAGAGAACCACUAGGACAUUGUUAAAACCUUUAACACUAACAGCAGAAGCACCUCUAUCUUUCUUCCAUAUAGCAGGUUUUAGUAUUUGCUCACAAGUGGAUACCUUACAAUUCUUUCUAUAUAAAUUAUUAUUACAUGUACGGUGCCACCUAAACCCAGGUGGGGCUCUGUGUAAUGCCUGGCCAUUUGUGGCCUUAUUAAUACAGUUCAUCUGUACUGGUCAAAGUGGUAGGUUACAGUCCAGAUAUAUGACUGUAUACCCCCAACCCAUAUUAUAUGGAAAUUGACCAGAACAUACAGAAUUUUUAGCAUCACUAAUUUUCUUUGUAGGAGUGCGGGUGAACCCUUAGAGUGGGAGACUCUAAUGAUGAAGCUGCACAUCGUAUGAGAAUUCGCUCACCCUGCAUUUUUCCACAUUGUGUAUCGCUUUUCUAGCUGUUCUCUGUGAGCCAAAUGAGCAUUUUAGUGGCAUAUUAUUAAACGUUAUGUUUUAGAUUCUAUACAUAUUACACUGUAUUUACCGACUGCUAAGAGUGCAUCCACAAAAGAGUCUUCUCUUUCUCUGUAUACUAUUUACAUACUUCUCUCUGACUCUGGGCACACCACCAAACGGACACCACAAUAGUGAUAUAAGUCGUACUUUGAUUGUCCUACUUUGGUUAUUACUUAAUUACUGUUAUUCUUCAUCUUACUGGUGCUGAGUCGUACCUUCUUUUUAGUAUUCCACAGAAAGAGCCAACAGUUCUUUCAGCUGAUAUAUUAAGCAGGGGGAUUUUGGGGAUUUUGGGGUUGGGUGAACGUAAUACUAAUCUAUUAUAUGUUUCACCAAAAAUGCAUUAGCUGUGAGGUACAGCUCAAGUUGGUGCAGCAACUGCCGCUAUACAAUUAAUUUUAAUUUGGGAUGCUUCUGUGGUAGAAAAAGUUUCAUAUGACGUAAGAGAACAUUCAGAUAUGGAACAUCUCAAUUUGAUAAAUAAAAUCAGCUGGAAAAAUUACUGUAUACAGUAGCUUUCUUCAUCAACAAAUUAAAUUAUUAGAAUGCAGACCCAAUAGUUUACAUACGCUAAUCCGAUGGUGGGGGAACUACGUAUGUUAGAACUAGAGAUGGUUGCCUGGCCAUUUUUAAGGUUUUGUUUUUGUUUGUUGUUUUUUUUACCGUGUUUUGGUUUUGGAUUGGUUUUGCCAAAGCCACCCUUGUGUGUUUUGGUUUCGGUUCUAAUUUAAAAAAAUAAUAAUAAUACUAAUAAAAACAGCUUAAAUCACA